UCCAUAAAACAUUAUGUUUUGAUAUUUCUGGAGCUGGAGACAAUUUCGAAGUUGAAGAUGGAAGUAUUUUUUGCAUUAAUUACUGUCUUGGUCUGUUCUGCUUCUGCAGCAGAUCCUCAGUUUAUGAUUGGCUUAGGGAAAGCUGAUAUAACUGGUCCUGCAGCUGGUGUAAAUAUGAUGGGUUACGCCCACCCCGACCAGAGAACAGCCGGGAUCCACACUCGUCUCUACAGCAGAGCCUUUAUAACCUGCGAGAUCAACGACCAAGACAACUGCAAUGUGUUUGUCAGCGCAGACAUUGCUAUGGGCUGUACCGCUAUCAAUCUCGAUGUAUUUGAGCAACUGAGGGGGCUGUAUGGUGAGCGUUACAACGAGCAGAACGUUGUACUGAGUGGGACACACACCCACUCUGGUCCUGGAGGCUACCUACAGUAUCUGACCUUCACCUUCACCUCGCUCGGCUUCGUCAAUGACAGCCACGAUGCUAUCGUUACUGGAAUCGUUCAGAGUAUUGCUAAUGCUCAUGACAACCCGGUAGCUGGCAAUGUGUAUGUCAACAGAGGUGAUUUGCUUGACAGUAAUAUGAAUAGAAGCCCUACCGCCUAUCUGAAUAACCCUGAAGAUGAGAAAAGCAAAUAUAUGGGCGACACAGAUACCAGGAUGACCGUAGCCAAGUUUGUAGAUGAAAAUGACAAUAAUUUGGGACUGAUAAGUUGGUUUGCAGUUCAUCCAGUCAGUAUGAACAGCUCCAAUCAUCUCAUCAGCAAGGGCUAUGCUUCUUGGUUUGCAGAUCAUCCAGUCAGUAUGAACAGCUCCAAUCAUCUCAUCAGCAAGGGCUAUGCUUCUUGGUUUGCAGUUCAUCCGGUCAGUAUGAACAACUCCAAUCAUCUCAUCAGCAGUGACAAUAAGGGCUAUGCUUCGUACCUCGCCGAGAAGGAGUUCGGACCAGGCUUUGUGGCUGCGUUUCCAAAUAGCAACCAGGGAGAUGUUUCUCCUAAUCUGGACGGACCCAAGUGUGUUGAUACGGGAGAGCCCUGUGAGAUGGAAACAAGCACCUGUAAUGGGAGGGCCCAGCUGUGCAUGGCAAGUGGACCAGGGAAAGACAUGUUUGAGAGCACUCAGAUCAUUGGACAGAAUCAAUAUGACAAGGCCAAGGAAUUGUACGAUGCAGCUACUGAUAUGAUGAACUCUACGAUAGCUUCUAUUCAUCAGUUUGUUGACAUGUCAAACUAUGACGUGGUUUUAGAUGAAAACUCGACGGUGAAAACAUGUUCACCAGCCAUGGGGUACAGCUUUGCUGGGGGCACUAUAGAUGGGCCUGGAUUCUUCACUUUUAACCAAGGAGAUGCUGAGGGGAGUCUUGUCUGGGAUUUUGUGAGAGAUUUGAUCAAGGAACCGUCGCAGGAAAUGCUUGAAUGCCAUCUUCCAAAACCUGUUCUUCUUCCUACAGGAGAGGUGUCGACUCCAUGGCAAUGGCAUCCCGACAUUGUUGAUACUCAGGUGCUACGCAUCGGAGAGCUCUUCAUCUUAGCAGUACCAGGAGAGUUCACUACCAUGGCUGGACGCAGGCUCAGGAAUGCCGCACAGGAGGUUCUAGAUGCUUCUGGAGUUGCAGACGGUCAAGUUGUAAUCACAGGACUGUCCAAUACCUACACACAUUACAUCACCACGCCAGAGGAGUAUGAAAUCCAGCGGUAUGAAGGAGCAUCCACCAUCUAUGGACCCAACACAAUGCAGGCUUACAUCCAGCAGUACACCAUGAUCACAGAUGCCUUAGUCCAGGGGACCCCAAUCGAAGCAGGUCCAAACCCUCCAAAUCUCCUGAAUGUUCAACGUGGUCUCCAGAUGUUUACUAGGGAUGAUACCUUUCCUGAUGGAACUCGUGCAGGGGACAUUUUCAUUGAUGUGGAUCCAAAGUACAGACAGGGAUCUGUAGUGACAGCAACGUUCUGGGCCUGCAACCCCAGGCACAACACUCUUGGCAUGUUAGAGGAUACCUUUCUAGAAGUUCAGCAAUAUAACGGAGCGCUAUGGCAGACGAUAUUCACCGACACAGAUUGGUCUACCAGGUUCUACUGGGAGACUGACCAUACAGGUGCAAUGAUGGCUAACACAGCUACCAUCUAUUGGGAGAUUCCCGAGGACCAGGUAACAGGGACAUAUCGUCUAACACACAAAGGCUACACCAAAGCUGGGCCGGUAAUACCGUCACGCUCUUACUCUGGAAACUCCGCUGAGUUUGAAGUUGUUCUAAAGAACUAUACACGACCCCAGUAAUAAAGCUCCCCGUUUCAUUCAUUCUAUGCGUGAAAAUUGGGAAAUUAGAAACGCUUUCGCCAGAGAUCUCUUUAGAAUAGUAAAAGCCUUUUGAAGGUGUUGGAUAAACUUAAGAGUAGAGUAGAGUAGAUCAGAGUACAUGCAUAAUUUCUUGAAUUUAAUCACAGACGGUGGAUGAAUGGCUCUUAGAUUUUUGUUUUGUGCUUUUCCAGCAAAGCAGCGUGUUGAUUUGCUAUCCACUGAAACAGAGUUGGCAAAACUCUGUUGUACAAUUCGCUUUGGUAUGCACCAAUUGCAGAUAUCAGUAAUGGAUUUACUGAAAGCAAUACUACAAAUGAAGAGUUUGAUUCCAAAGGAGCUAAAUCCAUUUUUGUAACUUGAGAGAAAAAUGCAUUUGUUUACCAGAGUUUGUACAGGCGUCUAUGAAAAAGUGAUAUUAGAAGGUGAAUUUUUUCAUAAUUGCUCCCAAAAUUUAGGUAAAUACUUUUGUUGAAAGAUGGGUACUGAAGUAAACAAUGUUCUGAUAUCGAUAACUCAAUAUUCAUCAAAAGUGGAUUUAGUUCCUUUUGGAAUUAAGCUCUUCAAAUACUCAUUGCAGGCAACUUGAUUCAUUUUGCAUAUAUUCCGAUAAGGCCUUGUUAAGAUAUGACGCUGCAAAUCGACGGCAGUUUUUUCACGAUGUGAAGUGAAUAUACGAAUCAUAUUUCUCUAUCUAAUAACACAGAGUUCUAUGAAUGUGCGCAGGACAAUUGUGUUCAGACCUGCCAACCUCUGGAGUUCAAAAACUGUAUUCUUUAAUCCCAAAAGUUGUAUUUUACUGACAAAAGUUGUAUUCUUAAAAAUAAACGCGUACUGUUACGCGGAAGACUUUUUGUUAUGGAUCAUUGGUUGAAUAUGCAUGAUUUCAUCAUGACUGUUGUGUUUGAUGAACCAAUGAACAUCCCCAAAUUGCCGAUGUGAGA